AUGCAGCACCCGAGUGACGGCGUUCCCUGUGAUCAUGGCUGUUCCUCCGUCGCGUUGUGGUCCUUCUCUGUAAGUCAAGGACUUCACCUUCACGUGUCAGACCAGACGACGGCCUCGAGUUCCAAAGUGAUGAGGAAGUACGACUUCAGACUUCUGACUCCAUCCACUGGAGGCACUUUUCACAGAAGAGGCCUCGCGGCAUCAGGAACGUCCUCAUCGGUGACUCAGAACAGCCGGUCGCUCGUGGCAUGCGGGAGACGGUGUGUUCUGUCCCUGAGGCCCGAGCGCUGCGGCAAUAAAACUGAAAAGGAGAAAUCCAAAGAAGCCGAAGAGAGCGAGGGAGGAAAGAGCGCUGCUGACGGAAUGGUGGACGAAAGCAGGAAAGCAGGAGAGGAGAAGAAGAGAGCGCGUAGCUGCGUAGCGAGGACGAGAGCGACGGUGAUGUCAGACGCUCGACCCUCCACUGCUCCGGCACACACUCGGGCAGGACGAAGUGACGUUAACACUCUAGAAGAAACUCCAGGUUACAGUAUGGUGUGGAGACACCGUGACCCUCCGGAUCGCCCCUCGACUGGAAAUCCAGUUCUUCACCUCUAUCUGCCCAACUACCGCAUCGACCCCAGGAAAGAAACAGACGACGUGUUGGACGCCGAGAUGGAUCAGAAAACAGGGGAGAAGAUUCGAAUUCAUCCAGAGGAAAAAGAAGGAACAGCCGAUGUCCUGGAAGACGUCAUGACGACGGAGACAGGAAUUGAGCGAAAGUGUAAUGUGGGAGAAAGCGAUGAAAGACGACGAAGCAGUCAGAACGAGCUCGAUGAAAAAGAAAUGAACGAGCAAGGUGGCGUAAGAGAGGAGAGCUAUGACAUCACUCAGGAACCGGGAGAGGAACGUAGCACUGAACAUUCUGGAAAGUUAGAUGAAAGAAAUCAAUGUACAGCAGAUGUUUUUGAGGAAAGACCUAAAGCCCAAGAUGCGAAGUUAAAAUCUAAAGACAGAAACUCCGGACAGAACAGGACGCGGAGGCCGACUCUCCCAGCAUCGGCUUUAUUUAUCCCGGGCACGCUCGCACGCACACGCUCUUCGCCCUCGCCAUGUUUGCUCCCGCCUUUUUAUGGUUCCUCGUUUGGUCGCAGCAUCAGAACCCCUCAUACCCCUGAACGCCAUCGAGCCAAAACACACCUCGUUGGAUCCUUCAGCUUCGAGAAAAGAGCCAUAAAACCUGUGACCCAAAAACCUCCGAGCUGGGACAGGACAGGAAAUCGACACGUGUUCAAAACAGAACCCAGAGGAAUAACAGGGUCCCGCCCCAAAAUAUUGAGCUGUGAGCGGUGGGGGCCUCUGCCUCGUAAAACCAAAACCACCAAGACGUUCGUGUGGGGGCCUCGAGGGCCUCAGGAGAGUAAGAGUGUGUGUGAGCUACAUGCUCGGACCAACAGGUGGAGGGGGGAGGACUGAUCCGGUGAUGUCAUGUUUCUGUGGAUUUAUGAUAACUGUGCUAAUUCUACAUUAGUGGUAAUUCAUUAAAAGCUCAUUUAUCAAAUUAACAUUCAUUAUGAAUAGCUGAUGGGUUGCCAGAGCUGUUAUUUUUACAAGGUUGCAAUUUUUUAUAUAGUUUAUAAAUAAAAAAGUCUUUUUUUUAAAGCAAAUCAAUACAAAUAUAUCGAAUCAGUUUAUGUAAAUAAAGGUUAUGA